CUGGUUGGGAAACACUGCACUAGCGGUGUCACAAGAAUGCCGAGCGCGGCUCUGUUCCCUGUCAGCUCUCAGGGUACGAGCCUCGCGCGCGGUUAACGUAGUACUGCACAGGCGCAGCACUACGCAAAUAGCGUAGGGCUAACGUAGGCAGCGAUAGGAGUACUGCGCCUGCGCAGAAUAAAUUAACUUUGGGGGAGUAGCCGACUCCGGGCGGGGAGGCCGGCACAGCCCGCAGUGACUCAUGGGAGCGAUGAGUCACCGGGCGAAGAUGGCGCCGGAUCGUAAGGAAGACGCGGUCGAGCGUCAUCAGAGGACCCAGCUUCCGGCCAGAUGGAAAAGCGAGGAGAAGUCCGGGAAGAAGCCGACAUGGACAACGUGACGCUCUGUCUUGCAAAGUGUGUACGACUUCACACGCCAAAUUCUGCAACGCCUCCAGCAUGGUCUGCCCCGAAAAUCACGUCUGCGCCUCCUCGUAUACCCUGACCAAUACACAUGGGGCGAUAUUCGUCAUGUCCUGCGCCCCCAGAGAUCACUGCGACUCCCCCGGCAGCAUCAGCGCCUCUAAUGGUAGAAUCCGGAGGAGCACCACCUGUUGUUACACUGAUAACUGCACUCCACCGCCCCCUAUGUUACCCGAUAAAAACUUCCAGCCAAAUGGGCUGACCUGCCAGACGUGCUUAUCUGUUCGCUCAAAGUGGUGUUACUCCAAGCAUACCAUAGACUGUACUGGAGAUGAGGAUGCCUGUCUGCUCCAAACCAGCGAAUAUUAUGCUCCCAUUAGGAGAUCCGUAGCGGUUCGUGGAUGCGCCACUAAAAGUAUCUGCUCUCUCGGCACCCAGUGGAUCGAAUUUGGAAUCCUAAAAAUGAAGUUCAAGUAUUCGUGUGUAUUAAGUGGAACGUCGGGUCUACAACACAGGCUCAUCGCUCCUAUUACCGUUGCACUUGCUGUAGUCAAAUGUUUCAAUUUUUAGUCACAAAAAUGAACCUGAAUUAGGAUUCAAAAAUGUAUAAAGUAAAAGUAAGGCCAGAGAAUAUAUGAAAUAUUCUAAUAUAUAAUAAUAAUAAUAUAAGAUCACCCUCUAUUGUAGAUGCAAAUGCCAUACAUUUCCCAUGUCAUUAAAGGGGUACCCCCGGUGCCCCCAGUGUUCAGACCAUUCUGUUGAUGGGCAUGAUUCCAGCUCAAUCUGUAUACUGCUGCUGUCUCUAUGGGAUCAGGAUAUAUAGUAAUCAUACACCUCCCCCUCCAGCUCUAUCUAUAUGAGAUUUGGAUGUAUAGUAGUUAUACACCUUCCCUCCAGCUCUAUCUGUAUACUGCUGCUAUCUCUAUGGGUUCAGGGUAUAUAGUAGUUAUACGCCUCCCCUUCAGCUCUAUCUGUAUACCGCUGCUGCUAUAUCUAUGCAAUCAGGGUAUAUAGUAGUUUUACACCUCCCCUCCCAGCUCUAUUUGUAUACCGCUGCUAUCUCUAUGGGAUCAGGAUAUAUAGUAGUUAUACACCUCCCCCGAUGCUUUGUUCACUCAUUAUAUUUCUUUGGCUAGGGGAUAAUAUGUCUAGGGGCAGAGUACUCCUUUAAGAUUUUUUUAUAGAAGUAAUUUACAAAUUAAGUUUAACUAUUUGGCACCAGUUGAUUUGAAGAGAAAAAAAAAUGUUUUCCACCGGAGUACCCCUUAAACACAUGUUUUUGGACUAUUGGUGAAGUACAGGUUCGGACAGUACUAAUGAAGUCCAAAUUGAACUUUUUGCCAGAGUUCGAGGAAUUGGCUGAACCAAACUUUUGUACAUUUGGCUUAUCUCUAAUGGUGACCCAGUCCUUGUCUCCUCUACCAGAACUUUUGGAGAUGUCUUGGAUAUCUGAGACCACCAGAGGAGAAUUUUUUAAGGUCAUCGAUAAGAUCUCAUGGGUUAUUUGUGACUUAUCUGUGUAAAUAAACCCUCCAAAUGGA